GUAUUUUACUUAAAUCGUUUGUUAUAAUUCUCAGAAUGAGAGUUGUGCAAAAUGUGUUAUUAUUUUUUAACGAUCAACUGGAUUUUCAUUUUAACGUUAUCAGAUUAAGAUAUGGGGGACGCAGUAAUAGAAGUGGAUGGAGUUCCUGAGGAGAGACAAAAGAUGAUCAAGCACUUUCACCAUGCAAGAAGCAGCAUUAUUGACUUUAAGGCACAAAUAUUGGAAAAAGUCCUAAACAACUCCAAAGAAGAAAUAGAAGAAACAGUCAAGUAUUACACCGAAGAUUUGGAAAAUCAUCCCGAAGAUGGAUUAAUGAAAUACAGAUAUAAAACACACAGUAAAAAAACAAUUUUGAUUAUAGCAUGCACCGAAAAAAAUGUCACUCCGGAAACUCUGGACGUAUUAUGUUCUGCAAUAAAGGCUAGAUACAAUAAAAUUGAUUAUAUAGAUGACCUUUAUUACGGGUGGGAGCCAAUACAUUAUGUAGCCAAAUGUGCAGAUGUAAAAAAACUAGAAGUUAUUUUAAAGCAAAUACCAGAAUCUACUAAUUCUUUAACGUACUUCUCCGAAAAUCCAUUACAUAUCUUAUUACAAUAUAAAAAGUCGGUUCCGCCUUUUGAGGUCAUAUUACAUAACGGCAUUGAGCCUAAACUAACUACAAUUAUCUGUCCGGAACCAAAAGAUAUAGUAAUUUGUGCUGAUCUUCUUAUUACAAAUGGUGCAGACGUUAACCACACUAACUUUUGGAAUGAAACUCCAAUCUGUUUGGCUGUAAGAUAUAGAUAUACUCACUUAAUACAGCUGCUACUGAAAAUAGAUUAUCUAGAUAUAGACACAUGCACAGAAACAGGAAAAACUAUUCGAGAGUACCUGAAACUGAACUUGUUUACCGAUUUACCUCAGUCGUAUGUUCAAGAGGAUCCCGCAGUAAUCAAAUUCAAUCUUUUGAAGGCAGGUGAUGUAGAACGAUUUAUACAGUAUAACGCAGAAAGCAUAAUGAACAAUACAAACUAUUUUGAUGGUUAUGAUGAUUACACAACCUGCGGAAACAUGCUACAGCUUUGUAUGCGAAAAGGUUUUCUGGAAUAUUUACACGAUGAACGCAGUAAACUCAAGCGGCUGACUAAUUAUGAUAUAAACGAUACUCCAAUGCUUACAAUUUUCAAAUCAAAAGGUUACUUAAAGUGCAUUAUAUACUUGUUGGAUAAUGGUGCCGAUCCAUUCAAAACAUCGAGAAAAUUUCCAACAAAUCUUCUAGAAUAUGCUUCGAUACGGGGAUAUUACCCAUUCGUCGCCGUUCUUAUGCAACACAAAUACAGCAAAAUCAACUCUAACGGAAUAUUCCCGGUUCUCUCCAAAAUGUACAAUAAAUACAAAAUGCCCUUGAAUAACUACGACUUUUAUAGAUAUUGCGUUUUGUAUUUACUUCUAAAUAGGUUAGUAUAUCUGGUUAGACUAAACCAGGAAACGUUAACAGCCAAACGACGUGCAAUAUUAAAUAAGCUUCUUCAUCAUUUAAAUCUUGAAGCCAAUGACAAGAGGGUGGACGAUUCCGAAAUAAUUUGUCAAGUAUUGCACUUGGGUGCGAGUUUGACUUCGAUCGAUGAAACAAAGAAUCAUAAUCAUGAUGUAUCUAAUGGGACCAAUGUUACGUUCAAUAAGGAAUCUAAUAGUAUUACAAUCCAAGAAAAUAAAAUGGCGAUAGAACGAAUAAAUCAACAUAUUUUAAAAAUGCAUCUUGACGAUUCCAUAAAUGGAAGAAAAUUUAAGUACGACACCAUUAUACAAGAUGAUGAGACAGUUUAUAAUGAAAAUAGGACACUACAUUUUUUGGCAAAAGACGAACAUAAAAAACAUUUACUUUGCCAUCCUUUACUAAUAGAGUUAGUUAAGAAUAAAUGGUAUAAAGUUCGGUGGUUCUUUUAUGCCGACUUGAUAUUUUACGCUCUUCUUCUUAUAAAUAUUUAUGCUUACAUGAUCUCUUUACGUUUUAACUAUUUCUACACUUUUUUAAACUGGUUCUACUAUUUUUCAAUCGGUUUUCAUGCCAUAAAAGAAGGUUUACAACUAUUUUUUUUGUAUAGGUGGAAGUAUUUCUUGGAUUUAUCAAAUAUUCUAGAAGUUACAACUAUUGUCACCUGUUUAUGGACCAUUAUUUAUCCUAAUAUUUACACGUCCAUUCUUGCGAUGCUUUUUUCAACGUUCAUAUUUUUUGUUAUGUUAGGACAGCUUCCUUUCUUUACUAAAUACACCAUCAUUUUCAGUUCCAUAAAAUAUUUCUUUCAAUAUACUGGAUUUUAUUUUAUAUUAUUCGUAUGUUUUGCUCUCUGCUUUUACAUUGUUGCACCUUUCGAAGACAGUAAAGGUAAAUCUCCGGAUUGGGGAGGUAUGUUUAAAAGUCUCUUCUACACAUUAAUUUUCUUUACAGGCGAAUUUCACGACAAUGUUCUAGAACCUAUUGAUUAUCCAAUUUUUGGCAGAAUCAUCAUGACAAUUUUUAUCAUUGCUAUGACGAUUAUCCUGAACAAUCUCCUGGUUGGGUUAAUAGUGGCCGAUAUGGAUAAGAUACAGAAGACGAGUAGGUUGCACAAACAAAUUAAACUUGUUAGUUUUAUUAAAAGUACAAACACUUUUGCAAAACGAUUGCAUACUUUUAAGUACAUGGAUUUUGUUAAACGAAUUAUUAAUCAAGUAAAUAUUUUUCAUAAAGGUAAGCCCAAAGUACUUAAAUAUGUUGACCUGAACCACUUUGAUGACGAUAAUAAAGCGUAUCUUAGGGAAAUCAAGAAAUAUCAGCCAUUUAAAAGACAUAUGUUAAGGGAUUUGUACCUUUCGUUAAAGGAAUGACUGUAGGUAUUCACUAUUACGUUUAUUAAUUUAUUUUUCAAUGAGUUACAAUAUGUUUUUAACACAACACCAAAAAUUUUCCUUUAUGGGCCAUCGCCCUCUAUUCUUUUGGGUUAUGUGGCACUACAGUGACUGUCUCAUCUUUAUUUUCUACAGAUCCUUUUUCACUGCAGGGAACCUGGCCUAAAAUGACAUACUACUUUUUUGUCGUCCAAUAACUUUUUUAUUUUUUUAAUCAAAAUUUAAAAAAACAUAAAUGUUGUUCAUUGUUUUGAAGUAGAACAGAUCAUGGAACAUAAAACUCUAACAACACAAUAUUUUUUAAUUAAAAAAAGGAAACAAAAUAAACGUUGCUAUGUCAUUUUAUCCAAGUAUAUUCGGCUAAAACGACACACUCACAUGGAUAAAAUGUCAUAUAAACUAAAUUAGCAAAGUUCACAAAUAAAUUUUUUGCACGAUUUUGAGAUACCAGCACAAUCACAGUGUGCCCAUUUUGAGCAUUUUUGGCACCUAAUCCAGAAUUCUUUGGACCUUGAAUGGGAGUACAAACUGUUACAAUAUAAACAUGGAGGAUUAUUUUCGUCUUCGUCAUCAUCUGACACAAUGGUCUUUGUUUCCUCCUCGCGAUCUUGUGUCAUUAAAGUCAGAUUCUUAAUUGCUCGCUUUGCAGCUUGACGUUUUUCUGUAGCUCGCUUCUCGAGUGCUUUGGCUUUUUGUUCUUUCAUAUUUGGGGUAGCCGUUAGAACUUUUGUUCCUUCUGAUUUUCUUUUUUUGGAGCGUGACUGGACACCUGAACACGAUGGAAGAGGUGAAAUGUCAAGUGGACGAAUACCAGGAUUAAUUGAAGAACAACUUUCAAGUGAGUUUGGUCUAGGUGUAGAAACCGGUUUGUUUCCUUGAUCUGGAAAAUCUUGAUGUCGCAAAACAUUAUCAUUCUCUUCUUUUGACUCUGUUAGGGGUUGAAUUGCAACUUCUUCUUGAAUAUCUGUUAUUUUGGAAGGAUUAAAUAAAUAAUCAGGGAAUAUGUCGGGAUUAAGGGGCCAAAUUCCAGUCUUUAAAAAUCCACUAACGGCAUUUUGGUGUGUAGCUGCUUUUCCAUACGCUGUAGCAAAUAAUCCUCCAACUUGGUAUUGCGAAACUGUUCUGCCUGGAUGACACUUCAUCCACUUGGUAACUUCUUGAUCAUAGUAGCUCUUUAAUGGACCAAAGAAACAUACAUCUAACGGCUGUAGACGAUGGGUACAGUGCGGCGGAAAACACAAUAUCUUCAUGUUCUUUGGCAAAAGUUAAAACAUUAAUGUUUUUAUGGCUCGCAUGCCCAUCAAGCAACAGCAUAACCUUGUCUUCUAUAGAAG